CCGGUGCCCCCCCCCGUCGGUUCCGGUGCCCCCCCCGGUUCCGGUGAGGGUCUGAUCACCGAGGGCAGAGCCACGAUCCUGUUCCCAAAGGCCAAUGAGGUCUUUUAUAACCCGGUACAGGUCUUCAACCGGGACAUGACCUGUGCUGUGCUGACAGAGUUCGCUCGGCUCUUCCUGCAGGCAAAGGGGAUACAGGUUGUCACCCCUGGGGAGGAGAACACGGAUGCAGGAAGUGCCCAACCACCGGAUGAGGAUGAUGAUGGUGAUGAUGGUGCGGUGAUGGUGCCGGUACCGGUACCAACACCCCCCCCCCCGCGUGUGGCAAAGGCAGGACAACCAUGCGAGGGGGGGCUGCGGGUGCUGGAGGCAUUGGCAGCCUCUGGUCUCCGCUCCAUCCGCUUUGCCAAGGAGGUCCCAGGGCUCCGGUCUGUGGUAGCCAACGACUGCUCUGCACUAGCCACCGACCUUAUAGGGCGUAAUGUGGACUUCAAUGGGGUGGGGGCGCUGGUGACCCCCAGUAUGGCUGAUGCCAGGAUGCUGAUGUACCAAUGCAAAGCGAAUAGGGACCCCUUUGAUGUGAUUGACCUGGACCCAUAUGGGAGCCCUGCACCCUUUAUUGAUGCUGCUGUGCAGGCUGUGAGCGAAGGGGGGUUACUAUGUGUGACAUGCACGGAUAUGGGGGUGCUGGCCGGUAACAACCCCGAAACCUCCUAUAGCAAAUACGGGUCCGUGUCCCUAAAGGGCAAGUUCUGCCAUGAGAUGGCCCUGCGCAUCAUCCUACACAGCCUGGACAAUAGGGCCAACUGCUACCAACGCUUCAUAGUCCCAUUGGUGUCCAUUAGUGCUGACUUCUAUAUACGGGUCUAUGUGAGGGUGUUCACGGGGCAGGCGAAGGUGAAGGCAUCAGCAAGCAAACAGGCGCUGGUGUAUCAGUGUGUGGGUUGUGGUACCCACCACCUGCAGCGCAUGGGGAGAGCUACAGCACAUGGCAAUGGCUUCAAGUAUGGGGCAGCAAUGGGGCCACCUGUGGGUCCCACAUGUGAGUUCUGCCACCAGCGGCACCAGAUGGGUGGCCCCAUAUGGGCUGAGCCCCUCCAUGACCUGCCCUUCGUCCAGCGCAUACUGGGAGCACUGGAGCGGAGCCCCCACCGGUUCCAGACCCAGGAGCGGAUGCAGGGGGUGCUCAGUGCCAUCACUGAGGAGCUCAGUGAUGUGCCCCUAUACUACACACUGGAGGGGCUGAGCAGCAUCGUGCACUGCAAUACCCCAUCCCUGCUGCAGUUCAGCUCAGCCCUGCUGCACGCCGGGUACCGCGUGUCCCUAUCCCAUGCCUGUAGGACUGCAGUGAAGACGGAUGCGCCCCCAGCUGUGCUAUGGGACAUCCUGCGCUGCUGGGUGCGCCUGCACCCAGUGAAGCGCGAGCGGCUCACGGACCCCAGCCCUGCUGCCCGGAUCCUCUCUGUGGAGCCCACGCUCCAGGCUUCCUUUGCCAUCCGAGCGGAUGCUAAUCCCAGCUCCAGGAAAAGGGGAUUGAAGAGGUUCCCUGAAAACCCAGAAGCCUUUUGGGGUCCCAAAGCCAAGGCCAAGGCUGGGGGCAGCCUCUCCCCAUCCUUAAAGGGGAAGAGGAACAAACGGAGGCAGCAACAACAGGGAACAGACCUGAGCCCCCCCCCGUGCAAAUGGCAUAAGGAGGGCCUCUGUGUGCAGGAUGGGGAGCCCCCCAUUGCCCCCCCCAUCCCUGACCCUACCUCCUGCCCCCAUUAAACACAUGAGGAACUGGUCUGGUUUUAAUGCAUGUAUGGGGGGGACACAGAACAGGGACCCCCCCAAACCCCCCCAAGGAUGCUCAGAGCCCCCCAUGAGCUGCUCCAGGCCCCUCAUAAUGCACCAGGAACGUCCUGAUGUCCAUAGGCUGCAGUGUCACCCGCCGAGGGUCCAGUUUGGUUACUGGUUUGGACUGG